AUGCCAGGAGAGCGGCCCCCAACUUUGCCCAGAGACUUACAGCCCUGCCCAAUUGCCAGGAGUCUAGGGUGCCCCUCUCAGCACCCCCUCAAGCAUAGAGGGUCUGCCCGCAGGACCACCCAGGGCAUGAGAGAUGAAGGCAGCAAGGCCCAAGCUUCCCCGGAAGCCCGGCUGAGUCAGGCCAGAGAGGUGGAGCGAGAGGACCUGCUCCUCACAGCACAAGUCCCAGCAGCUCAGAGCUGUGCCCAAGCCUGCUCAUGGCCAACGGGCAGGAUGGAGAGCAGUGACCCACAGCUGCACAGCCUAAGCACUUCAAGGAUCAGAUGCAUCCUGGACGAGCCGCCCAAGGACCUGCACCAUGAAGCCCCCCUCGGGGCAGAUACCAAGGUUCCUCAAGGCCAAAAGACCAGAGCCCGCCACAGGCCCGGCGUCCCAAGGGCUGAGGCCCUGCCCUCCCCAGAAGAGAACAACUCCCAAAGGUGCUUUCAGGAGGCCCCUUCCAGCUUUACCUCCACCAACUGUACCUCACCGAGUGCCACCCCCGGGCCCGUACCCCGGAGGGCCCCCCAGAGCAGUGGCACCAGCCCCAGUAGGCAUGCUUCUGGCACUAACCUCCAGGCCAUAGGGACCAACCCCUGGCCUCCUGCUGCUGAAAACAGCUUCCCAGGUGCUAAUUUUGGGGUCCCCUCUGCAGAGCCCAAGCCCUUCCCUGAAGGCAGCAGGCCUAGCAGCCCCCAGGGGGUCUCUGUCCCCUACCCCUUCCCUGUAGAAACGGUCCAACAUGAGCGGGCAGCUGGGACAGUGUUGUUCACCUUCCACCAGCCCCUGGUAGCAUGGGCUGAGGAAGCCCUGGGUGCAAACCCUGCCUGCCCGUCCCUGCCUUGCAACCCAGGUCAGUCAGGGGGCGCCAACGCUCCCAGUGAUCUUGGAGGUGCCCUCUCGCCACCCGGUGCUGCUCACUUGGCCCCAAGCCCCUUCCAUGAUGGUCUGCACAAGAGCCUGACCAGGGGCCUUCCGGAAGGGCCCCCUCCCACUCACGAUGGCCUGGGGAGCCCCAGGGGCCUCCCAAAUCCUCCACCUCAGAGGCACUUUCCAGGGCAGGGGUACGGAGGGAAUGGGGUGGGCACCAGCCCAGCAUCUCUGGACACAGAGCUGCCCGCCCCUGGGCCACCGCCCACCCAUCUGCCGCAGCUGUGGGAUUCAACGGCAGCUCCUUACCCCACGCCUACCCUGGGCCCUGCAGCUGCUACCAGGACUGCUUUCUUCGAAGGUCAGCAGCUCCGUCUCCCACACAGUCCCCCCCUGCCCUGGUCCCCGGUGCUUACGACCCCUGGGCCGAAUUCCCACCAAAUGGGGGUACUGAGCCAACUGACAUUCCCCAGGGGGUCUUCCGAGUGGCAGGGGGACAGCCAGGGAACCCUGGGUGCUUUGAAUACAAUCCCUAGGCCUGGGGAAACAGUGUCAGCUCUCAGGAGCAGCCCAGGUCAGCCAAGCAGUUCCCCAAGGCUGCUAGGCUAUGGUGGGAUGAAGGACCCUGGGACGCAGCCUCUGUUCUUUGGGGGAGCCCAACCCCAAGUGUCACCCCAAGGGGCCCUCAGUCUGCCCCCGCCUAGGGUGGUGGGGGCCUCGCCCAGUGAGUCUCCUCUUCCCUCUCCUGCGACCAACACAGCCAGCAGCAGUACCUGUUCAUCCCUGUCGCCACCAUCCAGCAGCCCAGCCAACCCCAGCUCUGAGGACAGCCAGCAACCUGGACCCCUCAGGUCCUCAGCCUUCUACCUGCCCCCCACCCAUUCCCAGGAGACCAGCAGUCCCUUCCCUUCCCCAGAGCCCACAUACACCCUGCCCACACGCUAUCAGUCCGAGUCAGCCAAAGCCUUCCGUCCCCCCACAGAGGGCCCAGGAGCUGACGAUGCCUUCGGGGGCCUGGAGGGAGCCCCAUUCUCCCACAAGAGCCCCUCACUGGGCAGAGAUAGACUGAAAGGCUUCCCUCCAGAGCCCCCACCGCCACCGUACUCUGCCCAGCAUUUCUCCCUGAGUAGCGCCAACCUGGACCAGCUAGAUGUCCUGCUGACCUGCAGACAGUGUGAUCGAAACUACAGCAGCCUCACCGCCUUCCUGGAACACAGGCCACUCUGCAGCCUGCUGCUAACCAAGGCCAAGGAUGGCUCCCUGCAGCCCCCAGGGCUCCCCACACCCACCGCCACCUCAAAGGCACCCACCGAUACACACUCGGCCUUGCUUGAACACAACCAGGCUGUCCCCUUCCUGCUAACCAGAGAUGACCAGGGGGACAGCAAAGACGACUCCUUGAGGACAAGCUUCCUUCCUGGCCUGUCUGUCACCUCCUUCCCACUCCCCACCUCGGACCUUGACAUGGAAGAUGAUGCCAAGUUAGACAGGCUCAUCACGGAGGCUCUCAACGGCAUGGAGUACCAGUCAGACAACCCUGAGAUAGACAGCAGCUUCAUUGAUGUCUUUGUUGACGAGGAGCCUUCAGGCUCCAGGGCGCCCAGCGCCGGGCAGCCCCUCAGCACCCAGGUUGGGGCAACUCCCAAGAAUGGUACCCAGCCCCAGCUCCCAUCCAAAGCUGCUAUGCCGGAACCCCAAGCCCCCUGUACUAGAGACAGGAGACGCCCAGCCGGAAACAGGCCCAAAACCCGCUCCCUGGGCCUUGCGUCUGCCUCUGCAGAGGCAACCACCCUGGUCAGGCAGCAGAGGAGAGGAAAGCAAUUCAAGUUGUUUCGGAAAGAGCCAGCUGCGACCAAGGACACUAACAAUCAGGCCAACGCCAUCUGCCUGAGGCCAAGGAAAAAGGGCCGUGGCGUCGGGCGGCCCCGGCCCCAGGACCGGAAAAGUAGGGCCCGCAAGGGCCAUGCUCGUGCAGAUCACAGCCUCUCCAGAGCCACCUCUAAAGAGACCAGGAGCUCCAAGCACCUGCAGCUGGCCUCCGGGAAGGACUCCAGGAAACGGAGGGGACGGGGCGGCUCCUGGAGCAAGGAGUUCAUCCACAAGAUAGUGCGGCAGAAAAACAGGGGCCACAGGCAGCAGGCGCCACGUAACCAGGUCUCCCACGCACCCCCACUGCCUGGAAGACCACCGAGCACCCAGGAGGGCAGGCUCGCGGGGCAAGGCUGUGCCUCUGAAUCUGAGGAGGAGGGUGGUGUACAGCAACGGGAUCUGGGGGUUCCCGUCCAAGGCUGCUUCCCCCACAGCCACCAACGGCACCAGGGCAAGAAGAGGAAGAAAGAAGAUUUGACGCAGAACCCAAGAAAGGUCCCGAGGCAGGAGGCCGGUGGGAAUGGGGGCUCUCCCGCUCCAAGGACGCAAAGCCUGUUGCACAGCUUGGAUGCCGGAGAAGUUCCUGUGGAAAGAGAACCUGGGCAUCCCAUCGUAGCCCCAAUACAUCCUCCACAGGUCAUCACCACCACCGAGGAAAACUGGGCAGCCCCGGACAUCCCUCAGGAGGGCGAGAAGCCUGAAGACGCUGCUGUGUUACACCCUGACACCACAGAACUCAGAGAGAGGUCCUUUUCUUCAGCUGACUGUGGCGGGGAAAGCCUCAGCCCUGCUGCUCCGGUGCAAGCACAAGCCUGCAGUCCUACACCACCAGGGAGUCACCCUGAAACGCUAUCGGGAAAGAGCGUGCUGGUACCAGAUGCAGGCUGUCUGCUGGGCGCUCCUGGAUGCGCGAAGUCUCCCGGUUUGCAUACCAGAGAGGACUCUGCAUCCCAGCCUGGAAGGUGCCUGGUACCCACCGAUAAGGUGGCAGAUGCUUUCUACACUGAAUCCAGCAUCCCCGUUUUCAGGAACUCUAGUCCUGGUUGUGACCCUGACCACUGUGACAGGCGUUCUACAGAGCGUCCAGUUGCCAAAAGAGGACCCCUGCCUGACAACAACACGUCCUGUGAAUUGUUCUUUGGAUCCAAGGACCUAGCUAGCUGUUUCCCUGAUGAUUUGUAUGCCAAGCCUUUAGCUGUGGACCCUUUGCCUGCCCACAGCUGCUACCUUAGCCAGGACAGUAUGGAGACCCUCGAGUCGACACCACCCAAGAGUCCACCCUACCCAGUUGAAACAGACCCAGGCAAGGCGCAUUCGCCACUGACUUUGGAGUCCACAUCCCUGUUUGCAGGGCUGCCUGAGGACGGAUUUGACCCACCACUCUAUGACAGUUUGUCAGCAAACAGGGUCGCCCACGUAUCACUGGCAGGUCCUGACCCUCUCCCUAAGAAACCCCUCGCAGACCCUCUGUACCCACCAUUCUUACUGCUGGAGGAAGUUUCUCCCAUGAUGCCUGGCUCUUUUGCUGGCCUCUCCAAGGGAAAGGCGUUCAGCAAGAACUGUCCCUCAGAACAGACCGAACUGACGGAGUCUCCCAGCCCUCCCGCUGUGCCUGAGAAAGGAGGCGAAUGUAGCCUUCCCCUGAGCAAUCUGUGCCAGGACGAACUGGAGAUCAAAAGAUUGGUGACCGAAUUAGAAAGCCAACUGCAAGGGAGAGGGACCACACAGGGGGCCUUGGGAGAGCCCGAGGAAGCUACACGUGAAGGCGAGAUGGAUGCAAGCCCAAAGCAGACCUCCCUUCUGCCCACAAAUCAGGCCACCUCACCCCAGAGGGAGCCAGCAGGCAACCUUACAGGUUUUGAGGGAUCAAGUUCACAGCAGGAAGGGGCCCUCAGGUACCCCCAGAAACAGUGGUCCUACCCAGCCUCCUGCCACACAGAAAAACCAGCACCUUCCCCUGGUACCCAGGAAGACCCAGGUUCCGGGGCUCCCCUCAGCCCCGAAGGAUUCACACUCGGUUUUCAGAGAGCACAGGAGGCCAUGGCCUCCAACACAGACAGUCCGAUCCCGCUCAGCGACCACCUGCCUGACCCCAGGAAGCAACGGGCACCCUCGCUGCAUGCUGAGAGUCCGGCCAAGUUCAGCCCAAAGCAUCAGCUUUUGUUUUCUAAGAAUAAUGAAGCUCGUGGGACACAGAACGCGAAUGCCCAACCGUUGCUCCCUGGUAAACACACAAGAGGGCAUUCUCCAGAUCCCGCUGAGGCCCAGGAGCCCUGCCCAAGUCCCCCUGCACUGGAAGGAUUCGACGGCCCCAAUGCCUGCCUGGCCCUAGAACCCAACUCAAUGCUUAAGGGUGAUGAGGACGUCACCUCCCUUCCAAGUGCCGGUCACAGCCAUGACUCUAAGGGACACCUUGAGGACCGAGCAGGGAGUUCUGUAGGAGCCAUGCUUUACAAACCUAUCGUAAGGGAUUCUGGCUUGAAGGGCGAGUCUGUACCUGCAGGAACCUCUCCACUCUCCACUCUUCCAAGUGAUGGUAGAGCUUGGUCCCAUCCCAUGCCAGACCCUCCCUGGGAGCUCAGUGCCUGCACAGGGCAGGGGCUCCAGGAACCCGCCUGCUGCUCUUUUCCUCUGCUUCAGGCCCUGGAUGCUACAGCCAAGGGUGAAGACAAUACCCAGGGCCUUCAGCCUGGGGACCCCUCGGCAACAGGACGGGUCGGUGUGAAAGAGAGUUCCUCGAGGGCUGUGAAAAUGUCAGCUCUUCCUGCAGAUACCCGAAAGCAGCCGAGGUCCAAGGCAGAUGGACAUCUGGGCUCACCCAGUCAACCUGAAAAGACCAAGGGCCAGAACCAAGCCAACAGACUCUGGCCGAAAAGCUGGAAGAACCUGGAGAACCCAGAUGAAAUCAUCAAGGUCAGUGCCCACUUGGAAGCUAGGCCAGCCAGGGGCAGAAGGCCACGCCGGGGGAACAGAGCAGCCCGGGGCCUCAGGAGGCAAGCACUGUUCUCCACAAGCCCCACCUGCCCUGAUGGCACAUCCUUGAUUCCAAUCCAGAAGGACCCUGCAGGGAGAAGCUCAGAGAAGGCAGCCGGCCCACAGCCAUUGCUUAGCCCGGAGAAUCCCACUCCCUCCAAUAGGGGCCUGGCCACAAUCCCCCAAGCCACACCUACUCCGAGUGAACUUGAGCCUAUACCCCAGGAAGACCCUGGGGCCAGAGUCAAGCCUAUUAGACCACCAACACCUUCCUCCCACAGAGACUUACCCAGCCCCGAUGAUCAGCCAACCUGUCCUGACUUGGCACCUCUGGGUGCCAGUCAUGACCAAGCCACCAAAGAUGCUGAGCCCCCAGCAGCCCCUACAUUACUGGUGACAAGCUAUUAUGGCCCUGAAGAAGCUUCAUCCCACCACACUCUGUUGGGGACCAGCAGUACCAAGGACCCUCCCUUGGGGUCACUUGGCUCCUCUAGUUUCUCAACCCCUGUAUUACUUGAGAGGAACAGCCCGAAAGGCGUCACAGUAGGAACCUUGGAAGAUUCCAGAAAAGAAGAGCUGAAGAUUUCUCCUGCCCAUUCCAGUCCUCCUCCCCCAGGGGAUCCCAGCUCCCCCAAAGUGACCAUCGAAGCUGCCCCUCUGACCAGAGGCAAGGAUGACCUAGAUUCAGGUGAGACACUUGAGGUGCCAGACCCCCACUGCAUGGGGGCCCCAACCCGCAGCAACCCAGAAAGGACAUACUCCAAGGACCCUUCUUUAGGGCCCCAGAGCAGCACACCUUGCCCUGGCCGCAGCAUUAUGGCUGUGCCCACAGACCUUGCCACACCGGAGACUACAGGACCAGACUCUCAUAUCUGCCAGGAGGAUAAGGCAGGAGACAGCAGCAAGGAACAGGACAACCCAGGUACACCUGGGACAAGAUACUGCGAGGGGACAAAGGUAGCUAGAGCCAGUGCCCGAAGCACACCCACAGGGCUCCACUUGGCCCUAGACACUCCCCGGGGUGGCACAUCCAGUGACUUCAGGUCUGACUCUCCUCAGGACCAUAUGGGCAUCUCUCAUCACCCUCCCCACAAGGGCUCCUCCCAUCCCCAAGACCAUAAACGGAGGCCCCGUGGCUUGAACAAAAAGCCAGAACCGGCAGAGAAGACCCCGGCUGAGCUACCCGAGACCUGCCAGCUCUGCUCAGCCUCCUUCCGCUCCAAAGCAGGCUUAAGCCGGCACAAAGCCAGGAAGCACCGGCCACACAGGGAACCUAGAUCCCUCCCGAGCCCCGUGGCUGUGCCAGCCUGCCAGCCUCUGGAUCCCAUGACCAAAGCAUGCCAGACUCCUGGGAAGAAAAACCGCAAGGUGCCUGGGAAGGGAAAACCGAGCCACCCAGCCCUGGGCACUGGACCACCUCCCUUCCAGGUUUCUACAACACCAGAGGACACCAUGGGUCCUGAGAUAUUGGAAGCCACAAGUGAGGAAUCUGAGGGAGCUGGGACACUAGACACUCUCCUCAGCCAGCACCCACCCACCCCAGGCCUGACUGAGCAAGGAGAGAGUGCAAAGGUUCGAGCCUCAAAACUAAGGAGACCAGACAGGUGGCAAGCAGACCAGCUCCAUCCCAAGCAGACGGAAGUGAGGGGCCAGAGGCAAGAUGGAGAGCCUGCCAAUUCCCCCAGCCACCCAGGGAGGAAACCAAUCAGGAAACGGGGAGAGCUGAGAGCGAGGAGGCAGAAGCAUGGUCCCCGAGGUGCUACCCAUGUGACUUCAGACGGGUGCCUCUCAGACCCUACAACCACCUGUGGCCAGCCUAUCAUCCCCCUGAGCCUCUCGCCUGAGGGAGAAUGCAGGGCUGCUGUCAGGCCGCCACCUCCAUCCUCCACAGUAGGACCCAGAGCACUGGAGGAUGCCGAAGACACGGUCCCAGGGGCCCUGCGUACAGCACGGAAGGCCCCCCAAGAGCGGCGAGUCUGUCAAGGGACAGUAGAGAAGGAUCAUCCAGUGGAACAGAAGGCGACCUGGACACAGUGGUUCUGGGGACCGGAAGAGGCCAGGGCAGUGAACAUUAGUGGAGAAACCUCACAGGCUAUUGAGAGCCAACCUGCGGAGGACGGCACAGGAGUCAAAGGCAGGUCUGAUGGGGACACUGGGAAAAGGACACCUGACUUACCUGACAGGACACACAGUCUUGAAAUAGACAGCGGCUGCCCCCAGGGACCUAUCAAAGACCCAGAAACCCUGAGUAGAGUUCAGGGGUGCAAGGGUGCCACUCCUGACGCCCCCUGCCCAGAUCAAAGAGAACCUCCAGACUUGUUUGAUGAUGAAGUGUCCUUCUCUCGGCUUUUCCCCCUGGAUGGCCGCCUCACUCAGAAGAAUCUACGUGUCUAUGGGAAGCGCUGCCACAGGCCAAAGUGUCCGUCACCGAAGGAGCCCACCCCUGAGGUGAUCAACAGUGUCUCACUCGACUCCACGCGCCUGCCCACCGAUCUCAGUGACUCAGGCUCUCUAUGCCUGUCCCGGGAGGAAGAGGAUCUAUGGGAUGACGAAGUCAUGAGUCUGCCUGAGUCCCUCCUCCUUGAUGGGCUCCUAAGCAAUAAGACACCCGGCCUUGACCCGUGGACUCCCAGCCUCAGCCUAUGGGCCCUGGAAUCCAACAGGGAAGCCAGCUGCGUGGAGGAGGAGCCCUCCUGCUUCGCUGAGAACCAAGAUGAAUGGUCAGAGCCCAUCCCCCAGCUGCACAUGGUCCCAGCCGCCUGGCGAGACCUGGAACCGUGUAGCCCAGCCUGUGAGACGGCCUCUUCUGUUGGAGACAUGAGCCCAGAACCCCCCAACCUGGAAAGGGAACAUGACAACAGGCCUCCUGGAAGCACCAGCCUGCCCCCACGUUACAUUAAUGACUUUGAGGUUCUCAGCACCCAGCUGGAGAUACAAGACCUGUGCUUUCUAGGACCCUGUGAUGACCUUGCUGACCUUCCUAACCCAAGCGCCCUAGACUUCCAGGCCACAGCAAAUACGCAGGGCCCUCCAAACAGAACAAUGGAGGGAGAUGCGAGGACCAGGCGAGCCAAAGGCAGAGACCUGCGGGUGAAGGGCAGGAGGGCCUCCUACAAGUGCAGGGUGUGCUUCCAGCGUUUCCAUAGCCUGGACGAGCUGGAUCUCCAUAAGCUGUCGCACAGCCCCUCCCCUCCCCCCACUUGCUACAUGUGCGUGGAGCGCAGAUUCAGCUCCCGGGAGCUUCUGCGGGAGCACCUAUGGGAGAAGCACGUCCAGGGCAAAGCCGGGCCCUGGGCCUGUGGCAUGUGCCUGAAGGAGGUGGCUGAUGUCUGGAUGUACAACCAACACCUUCGGGAGCAUGCAGCCCGCUUCGCCCGAAAUGGACAGGCGCGGCGAACCCUGGGAGACCUGCCCGGGUGCUUAGAAGAGGAAAGCACCCUCACGCACUUCCUGAACACCAUUGUGGAGCAAGCAUCCAAACCCCAGAGGACCAAGCGCUCAAUUGGCAAGGCCAGCGGUGAGCCAUCGGAGCAGGAAGGAGAAGCUGGAAAGAAAAUCCCAAGAAGAAUGAAGCGCAAGGCACGUGCCUCAGUCACCCCCAGCCAAGAUGGCGCCGAAGGAGGCAGCCCAUCCAUUCUGACCAGCAGCUCUGCCACCAGCUCUGACUCUGCCAAGACGCCCCCCACUCCGUCCCCAGACCCUUGGUCCCACAGCGACUCCCCGCUCCAAGCUGUACCAGUGCACGAGGACUGCAAGGACCCCUCCCGUGACUGCCACCACUGUGGAAAACAGUUCCCCAAGCCCUUCAAGCUGCAGCGCCACCUGGCGGUGCACAGCCCACAGCGCGUCUACCUGUGUCCCCAGUGCCCACAGGUCUAUCCUGAGCACUGGGAGCUAAGGGUGCAUCGGGGCCUAACCCACGGGGUGACAGAGGAGAAGGAGAUACCACACGUGCCUCUCUAUGCCUGUGAGCUCUGCGCUAACGUCAUGCAUGUCAUCAGGAGGUCCUUUGUCUGCAGCUCCUGCAACUACACCUUUGCAAAGAAGGAACAAUUUGACAGACACAUGGACAAGCACCUGAGGAGUGGCCAGCAGCCCUUCACACUCCGAAGUGUUAAGCGGCCAGGGGUUCCUAGGAGGAAGACCCAUGUCUCCCAGGAUGUGCUACCCAGCAAGCAGCACAGGCAGAUGGCACCCUCCAGCACCCCUGAACUCAGCGCUGACAGAAUCCCAUCCGCAGCCAGUCCUACGCCAAGUGAGGUGUCCCUUCCUGCACUACCCCUGAUCUGUUCAGAGACAGCGCCUAGCCUCAUCCUGGACCAGUCCAGUUCUCAAGAGAGACCCAUGGACCAGGAAGACCACUCACCCAGGGGGAUCAACUCACCAGUGAGUGGCCAGGAUCUUCCACCUCCAUCUCUGUCUCCUGUCUCAGCUGCCUCAGCUGAGGGGACAGGUGGCUGCACGCUGGACAGAAGCCUGGAGAAACCAGAACACGAGGCUUCCUUGGGCGGCCUUGAACCAUGUAAGUGGCAGGCUCUAGUCGAGGGAAAGAGGGCCCUUCACCUAUUCUCAGGAAAACACAGGAGCCCAGGCACCAGAGGCAAGUGUGCCCCUGGAUGUUCCCCAGGAGACCCCUCUCAGCUCCAGGAGAGGAUAGUGACCACACACCACACGGCACCUGAGGGGAGAAUAGAGGGUCCCUCCCAGAAGCGCAGUACCACCAAACCAGGAGCCUGCUCAAGUACCUCCAAGCACAGACCCGCAGAGCCCACCAAGAAGGCACUGAAGCUACCUGCUCCACCCAGAAAACCUGUAGGGAUGGGGAUCCCAGCUGGAGAGCUGGUCUCUAGUCCUGAGGACAGGGUAAAGCCCAACACUUCUAAAGGUAAACUGAGAUCCAGCUCUCAGAGCAGUGGGGGGCUCCAGCCUGGUACUCAGACAGGGGGUGGCAGCCAGCCCCAGCCAACCAGUGGGCAACUCCAAAGUGAAAUGGCCUCCACCCCCACUGAGCCCAGCUGUCCUAGCUGGGCCAGCUCCAGCCCUGACCAGCCCCCACCUCGAGCUCACACCAAGGGCGGUGCCAAGGGGCCUGGUGAAUCUGUUCAUCAGGGACUCCAAGUGCAUUCAAGUCCCAGGGAGAAAAGAGAAAGCCAUGAAAAGCAGAGGAAGGACCAGGCCCCAGGGCUGGGCAGACAUGGAGGCGUAGGAAACCCCGGGAAGGCCUCCUCAGCCCCUGACAAGUCAUCCAGGGCCCCCCGGAAGCAAGCAACUCCCAGCCGAGUUCCCCCUGUCAAAUCGAGACCCAGUGGCCAGAGCAGCAGGGCAAAGCCACAGCCAUCUGCACUGCAGAAAGGGGAUUCAGGCCACACUUCAGAAAGGGGCUCUUUCUCCCAGGUAAGACCCCUGUCCAGGCCCUACAAAAGGGUCAGAGCUGUCCACGGGGCUGAACCCACAGAGCCCCGAGACCGCCGGACUGCAGAGGCCCAGAGCGACCUCCUCAGCCAGCUGUUUGGGCAGAAACUGACGAGCUUCAAAAUCCCUCUAAAGAAAGACAGUUCCCAGUGACCGGGAAGAGAGGACGGGUGCCGGGCAGAUGGGCUUCUGUCUGGCCUUCAGCGUCGGAGACAGCUCACUCGGAGACUACUUGUCUGUUUCUCUGCACCCGAAUUCCCACAGAUUCUCUGGCAGAUUCGAGACCUGAGAAUGUGCUGCUGAGAACAGGGCUUUUUUCCGGAAGGCUAAGAAGGAUCAGCCUCUUCCACCCUGAGAUUCCACACCUGCUUCCCUAGUACCAAGUACUUGAAGAAAGCGGUUCACGUCCCAUCAACGCCACCAGGCCCUGUUGGCCAGGUGCCUCACGCGUGCCGUAAAGCUUGUGUUUGAGUGUUUGCACAGGGUCCCCUAUCCCCUAGCAGGGAAGCACAGGAAGGUAGUCACCUAGACAGUGAGAGAUGCCUUUUCUGUUGCCACCGCUAAGAUUCCAAAGUGUCCUUAGACGUCAUGGGAGAGGACCAUGCUGUCUACUUGGGCCAUUUCUGAGCCACCUGGUCUUUGAGAGCAUGACAGGACCAACCUCCCCCACCCCUAACUACAAAGUCACCCUGGCCUCCAGCUACACUGCUGAUGUCUCCUGCCCCCCUC